AUGUCCUGCGGUGAAACGGGCAUCAUCAGAGCAACGGUGUCUUAUGUGUGGGUCAGAGGAAGAGCGUGUGGGUCAAAGGAAGAGCGUGUGGGUCAGAGGAAGAGCGUGUGGGUCAAAGGAAGAGCGUGUGGGUCAGAGGAAGAGCGUGUGGGUCAGAGGAAGAGCGUGUGGGUCAGAUGGAGAGCGUGUGGGUCAGAGGAAGAGCGUGUGGGUCAGAGGAAGAGCGUGUGGGUCAGAUGGAGAGCGUGUGGUUCAGAUGGAAGAGCGUGUGGGUCAGAGGAAGAGCGUGUGGGUCAGAUGGAGAGCGUGGGGGUGAGAUGGAAGAGCGUGUGGGUCAGAGGAAGAGCGUGGGGGUCAGAUGAAGAGCGUGGGGAGGAAGAGCGUGUGGGUCAGAGGAAGAGCGUGUGGGUCAGAGGAAGAGCGUGUGGGUCAGAUGAAGAGCGUGGGGGUCAGAUGGAGAGCGUGUGGGUCAGAGGAAGAGCGUGGGGGUCAGAUGGAGAGCGUGUGGGUCAGAGGAAGAGCGUGUGGGUCAGAGGAAGAGCGUGUGGGUCAGAGGAAGAGCGUGUGGGUCAGAGGAAGAGCGUGUGGGUCAGAGGAAGAGCGUGUGGGUCAGAGGAAGAGCGUGUGGGUCAGAGGAAGAGCGUGUGGGUCAGAUGGAGAACGUGUGGGUCAGAGGAAGAGCGUGUGGGUCAGAUGGAGAACGUGUGGGUCAGAUGGAGAGCGUGUGGGUCAGAGGAAGAGCGUGUGGGUCAGAUGGAGAACGUGUGGGUCAGAUGGAGAGCGUGUGGGUCAGAGGAAGAGCGUGUGGGUCAGAGGAAGAGCAUCCACGACUCCGUGAAGCUGAUCAAGUUUGCGGACGACACCACCCUCAUUGGACUCAUCUCCAACAACGAUGAGUCCGCCUCCAGGAGGGAGGUGGACCGGCUGGUGUCCUGGUGCAGUGGUAACAACCUGGAGCUGAACGCCCAGAAGACAGUGGAGAUGAUUGUAGACUUCAGGAAGAGCACUGUCCCCCCGCCCCCACCCUCCGUGAUGGACUCCCCCAUCACCUCUGUGGAGUCCUUCCGUUUCCUGGGCACCACCAUCACCCAGGACCUCAAGUGGGAGCCGACCAUCAGCUCCCUCAUCAAGAAGGCCCAGCAGAGGAUGCACUUCCUGCGGCAGCUCAGGAAAGCCAAGCUGCCUGCACAGAUGUUGGUGCAGUUCUACACGGCCAUCAUCGAGUCCAUCCUCACCUCCUCCAUCACCUCCUCCAUCACCGUGUGGUUCGCUGGAGCCACAGUCAGGGACAAACAGAGACUUGUUGGAAUAUUAGAGGCCUCCUGCACCAGUUAA